CCACCUGGAUUCACUAUAGCAUCAUUUAACUUUUUCCUUUAAAUUUUAAAUUAGUGUUAAUAUUAAUGGAUACUUGCAUGAAUCCACUACUAAAAAGGAAGCAAACAAGAGCAGGCAUGCAAGAUGUAACAAAACAACUUAUGAAAAUUGGAACUGUUAUUCGUGGAGUAAAGGAACACAAAAAAAUAUCAAAAGAAGAGAAAAAAUACAAAAGUGCAAUUUAAUCCUUUACAAUGGCCGAUUAUCCUGGCAAAUUUGGCAAAUAGCAGUAAUUCAUUAUUUAAAUACAUUUAUAUGGCUGAACGAUUCCAGCUAUUUGGCCAAGAAAGAAGAAAGACUUGAUUUACGAUUGAUACAAAUCCUUUUAAACAGAACUUACAUAUAUGUUAUCUAUGGUUAACGGUUUCGGUUUUUGUAUUUGGGAGUUUUUCUUAUUUUGGAAGUGUUUUACUUUGAGUGUUCAUAAAUUGAGCCACUAUGCGUAACACCUCAACUCCUUUGAGGCAAGUGUGCUUACAAAAUAGAUUAAAUAGUAAUGGGCGACGAAGUAUGAAUUCCUCGCGCACGGUAAAACAGUUGAAUCAACAACAAACCCCUGUGCUUCUGGAAAAUACUGAUGAUGAAUUGGAACGAGCGGAACGUAGAAGAUCAGUGGCUUUACGCAAAUCAAUAACAAAUUUACCGUCUUCCUCAUUAAAUGAUAGCUUUCAACAGUUUAGUGAGGAUGACAUGAAAUACCAGAUCCAAUUUUGUACUAAACUUUAUAAUGAAAAUAGGAUUAAUCCAAAAAAUGUUUGGGGUUUACAAAUUAUUGACGCUCUCAAACAUAUGGUUAAGAUCGAUGUACAGACAGAUUUACUCCGGGUUGUAGGGUCUUCACUUGAAGUUGCCGGAAAGGUAUAUGCUGUUAGAGUGGACAGUUUAUAUGAGCAAGGGAUGAGAAUGGCUAGUAACUUGGCUCGUCAAUUUAAACAGAACACGGAAGAUGCCACAAAUGAUGUAAGUACUGGUGAAGGUGAAGUGUUAGAUCAUGUCCGAAAGAAAAGGGCCAAACCAAAAUUUUUCUUGAAUGGCAAAAAAAAAGUUACUGUUAACAGUGAAAAUUGGCAAGAUUCCUUACUCAAAUUGGAAUCUUGUGUUUUCUCAGCUAGAACCGAUCCUAAUCUUAGCGCCAUUGAGAAUUUAUUUACUAAUACACUAAAAAUGGAUUCCUCAUGUUUGAAGUUCAUGCCACUGAGUACAGAUAAGUCGUGGAUCACAAAUGGUGAUUGCUUAAUCACCAAGCAAAAAAAGUAUUCCUUUAAGGCACCGAAAUUGGAUAAUUUCCGUCUGUGCAUACCAUUUAAAGACUUCACUUUGGAUGAGUGGAAUGUGGAUGACAAGAAAGAGUUGAGCGAUGUUGCCAUGGAUUCAGCAGAUCAACUGAUUUUUGAUGAUAAUGGAAUUCCUAUUCACCAAAUGGACGGAUCUCUACAUCAUGUCUUUGAGGAACCAGGAGUGGGUGAUGAUGAUGAUGAUGAUUUGCACAAUGUAGAGGAAGUAAAUGCUGUGCCCAAUUUUCGUGAAGACGUUGAGUAUAUAGUUGAUUUAAGACCUACCAACCAAUAUAGUUCUUCAAUCGAAAGAUCUGAGUGCCCAAUGAACAGUUUGGUUCAAACAAUGUUUGGAAGAAUGGAAGAUAUUUGGGCGGGACCCAGCCAUUGGAAAUUAAAAUUUAUAAAAUCCAGCACAUCCAUGUAUACUGGUCGAGUUGAACACCAAGCACCAAUUGAACGAAAGAAGCGCAAAAAACAAGACUGGCAACCACACGAUUUGGAGCAGUUCAUUAAUGCACCUGCAUAUGAUACUAGUCAGAAGGCGGUCCAAAGAAAUGUAAAAUUAGUAGAUAGAAGCAAACUUUGUGUCCCGCUGCCUGAUCCAACAGCAUAUCCUAGAUUCAAACAGAAUUUAGAUUAUUUGAUGACGAAUACUAUAAGGAAAAUAAAAUUGUCGCAAAAAUCGAGUGAAUCUGAAUUGGUGGAUUGCGAUGUUUCAGCCUACAAGUAUGACAAUCCUACCGAUGUAAAUUAUUUGCCCCAGCAUGACGAUGAUCUUGACGAUAUUAAUAAUGAUCAUGGCUUUGAAGAAUUGUUUACAACUCCUGAGGCGGCUCCCGUUGGUUUGUUUGGUGACAAUCUGGUGGAUGUUCCUGAAAUGGUCAACCCUUUGUAUGUGCCUUAUGCGCAAAAAGCGAAGAAAAUGGACAUGAAAAAGUUGAAAGUAGCCAUCUGGAAAGUACUGACGAAAGGAAAAACUGAUGAAAUAUCGGUAGAGCAAAAAAUAAUUCCAAUGCAAUUUUCGGAUCUGUACAAGCAAUUGCAGAACACACUGCCAGAGAAAAUGUUAUCGGAGCUGAGCUGUCAUCUGGCCUUUGUCUCCAUUUUGGAUUUAAGUAACCAGUUGUUUUUGAAAUUGAACCAGAGUGAUACUACCGAUUUUGAAAUUUGUAAAGCCUGAAUUAAAUUAUAAAUUUAAAUACCAUUAAACUUUAUUUCAUUGAUUGUAUGUUUUAAUGUUCAGACAGAUGUUACGGAGUCAACCCCUUAAAAAAAA